AGUCAUCUUGAUUCAGUAGUUGUACAUCAUGCAGGCCAUAUUCCUCACUUUGAUUGGUUUUGCCCUUUUUUGGGUGACCACAGAGGCAGCAGAUGCCUUUGCUGUGGAGUUAUAUGACAAAACAAGCAUUUACGGAGAUUUUGACAAAGAGGAAGAAUGCUGGACGGACGGCCCGGAGAACCCUACUCUCCCUGUCUCUGACGAUUGCAUACCAGCCAGUACAAAGUUGAAAAUUGAAUACCUCUUAAGAAAGAACCCAAGCGUUUUGGCUGCCAUUAAAGAAAAAUACAUCCGUUGUGACAACAGCUAUUACAAGUCUGUUGGGCUGACAAAUGUCUGUCCAUCAGAGGUUGCCUAUCCUACAAAGGUCCAGGUUUAUGGAACAACGUGUUAUGUCGUCAAGCCUGAAAGUCAAUGUAUCAGAUACGCAAAGUGUGACGACAAAUCAGGUUGCCUGGAAAAUGACGCAUCAAAAAGCGAGUGUCUGAUGGACAGUUUCCGCCAGUUUGACACCUGGAUCUACUGUGAAAACUGUGGGUUUAGACUCGUCCAACUGAGGCUUCCACAGUGUUGCACCUGUAGCAAAUACGAGGAAUGUCAAUCGGGAUCGGGAUAGAGGAGAGGUGCAGAACAGUUUUUGGUUCUGUGACAAACAUGCAUAUUAUAGAAAUAUUAAAAUCUGUUCAAAAC